GCGCUUUUCCCUCCGCGGGGCGUUUCUGUUUCUCCCAGAGUCUCUCCCAGCGGAUCACACGCGUCCAUGUUCGCCUCUGUCUCACACAGCCAUGCAGAACCAUCACCUGAAGGAACAUCUCUAUAAAAUCCUGGUGAUCGGGGAUCUGGGAGUGGGGAAAACCAGCAUUAUCAAGCGCUACGUGCACCAGAACUUCUCGCCAAACUACCGCGCCACCAUCGGCGUGGAUUUCGCGCUAAAAGUUCUGAAUCUCGACCAGGAGACCGUUAGGCUGCAGCUCUGGGACAUCGCAGGUCAGGAGCGUUUCGGGAACAUGACGCGGGUCUAUUACAGAGAAGCAAUGGGAGCCUUCAUUGUUUUUGACGUCACAAGACCGUCAACGUUUGAGGCGGUGACGAAGUGGAAGGAGGAUUUGGAUGCAAAGCUGAGUUUAUCCAACGGCAAACAAGUGGCAGCAGUGCUGCUGGCCAACAAAUGUGAUCAGGGCCGAGACGUGCUCACCAACAACGGCAUCAAGAUGGAGCAGUUCUGCCAGGAGAACGGCUUCGUGGGAUGGUUUGAAACCUCAGCCAAGGAGAAUAUUAAUAUAGAUGAAGCCGCACACUGUCUGGUGAAGCACAUUAUAGCUAAUGAGAAUGAUCUGCUGCAGUCGGAGGUUGCAGACACGAUUUCCCCGCAGCAGGAGUCCAGUCGUGGAGGAACCUGCUCAGCCUGUUUCAGGUCCUGAAGACGCUCUGUUUCUCCAUCCAGACUCGCGCUCGUCUCUUCAUCACGCUGUCUCAUCUGAAUGGUGUUGAGUCUCGGUUUAAAUGUGUGUCAGAGACAGGCUGGUCGGCCUUCUUCCAUGGUUGCAGACUUAUCCGCAACAUUGUGCAGAUGUUUUAAGAGACGGCAGUGAAAAUACAACACUCAGAACUUGCAGAAUCAUCAGGAUGUGAAAAAAGCCCAAAGGACCACUUGUGCAUUAUUACCGUCCAUUCAGUGAGCGCCUGUGAUUUUAAUCAAGUUUUUUUAUUAACUGAUUCAGAAUUCGGCUGAAUGUACAAAUUGUAACUGCAAAUUAAAAACAUUUCUUUUCGGCUCUAGCAGCUCAUGAAUUAUGCAUGCAGGCUUUAGAAAUAUUCAUGAUGUUAAAUAGAGCACAACUGUUUCACUUCAUUUUAUCCUCCGUAAGGAUUUUUUGGAUCUGGAAAGUAUAGCGCUUUAGUUUUUCCACAUUUAUUUAUGUUACAGCAUUAUUCCAAAAUGGAUUAAAUUCAUUUAUUUCCUCAACAUUCUACACACAAUCCC